CUAUUUUGUGCCGUUUCUAUAUCUUGCUUGUCUGGAUAAACCCCACCUCCCAUUGCCUCCUAUAUAUCAUGAUAUCACUUCCUUCUCACAUCCCUAAAGGCCUAGGCAAAGCGAAAACCAGACAAAAAGCUGAGAACUAGUCAUUCAUUAUCAUUCAUAUAUUGAAAGAAAACCCAACCCAAAAAAGCCUCUUUCUUUCUCAUACCAUAAUCAUUCCACACUAGAAAGCCUCUUCCUUUCAUAUCCUGGGAAGGAAGAGAAACACUGAAAAUCAGAUCCCUUUUUUGGUUGUUCAUUUCUUGCAUCAAUGGCAGAAUCAAGGAGGUAUAUUUCUCAAACAGAGCUUGAAAACCACAAAAAACCAGGAGAUCUGUGGAUCUCUAUACAGGGCAAGAUCUAUGAUGUCACGGAAUGGAGUCACGACCACCCUGGAGGGGCACUUCCAUUGCUGAAUCUGGCUGGCCAAGAUGCCACUGAUGCGUUUGUAGCCUAUCAUCCAGGCAUAACUUGGCAAUAUCUUGACAAGUUCUUUACUGGGUACUAUCUCAAAGAUUACUGUGUCUCGGAGGUAUCCAAAGAUUAUAGAAAACUUGCAGCCGAGUUUUCAAAGAUGGGUCUUUUUGAAAAGAAAGGACACGGAGCAUGCAUUUCACUUUGGUUCAUAGCAUUGUUGUUUUGUUUCAGCGUCUAUGGUGUUUUAUGUUGCAACAGUGCUUGGGUGCAUCUUUGUUCUGGUGGGUUGAUGGGGGUCUUGUGGAUACAGAGUGGGUGGAUUGGACAUGAUUCUGGGCAUUACCUGGUUAUGUCUAACAGAAAAUUCAAUAGGUUUGCUCAGAUCCUUACUGGGAAUUGCCUUGCAGGGAUCAGUAUUGCUUGGUGGAAAUGGACCCACAAUGCUCAUCACAUUGCUUGUAACAGUCUUGAUUUCGAUCCAGAUCUUCAACACAUGCCAUUGUUCACGGUAUCUUCAAAGUUUUUUAAUUCGCUUACAUCUUAUUUCUAUGAAAGGAAGAUGAAUUUUGAUUCUGUUACUAGGUUCUUGGUAAGUUACCAGCAUUGGACAUUUUAUCCUGUAAUGUGUUUUGCUAGGAUUAAUCUAUUUGCACAAUCUUUCCUAUUGUUGCUUUCUAAGAGGAAGGUACCAAAUAGGGCUCAGGAGAUUUUGGGGCUUCUUGUUUUCUGGACCUGGUAUCCGCUACUUGUUUCUUGCUUGCCAAAUUGUGGUGAGAGAGUGAUGUUUGUGGUUGCCAGUUUUUCAGUAACUGGAAUUCAACACAUUCAGUUCUGUUUAAAUCAUUUUUCAUCUAGUGUUUAUGUUGGACCGCCUAGUGGAAACGAUUGGUUUGAGAAGCAAACUGAUGGGACACUUAAUAUAUUGUGCUCAUCUUGGAUGGAUUGGUUUCAUGGUGGUCUGCAGUUCCAGAUUGAGCACCAUUUGUUUCCUAGGUUGCCCCGGUGCCAUCUCAGGAAAAUUUCCCCAUUCGUUAAGGAGCUCUGCAAGAAACACAAUUUGGCAUACAAUGCUGCAUCAUUUUGGAAGGCUAAUGCAAUGACAAUUGGGACUCUUCGAUCAGCAGCCUUGCAGGCUAGGGAUCUCACCAAUGCAGCUCCAAAGAACCUAGUCUGGGAAGCGGUUAACACUCAUGGGUGAGAUGGAAACUGUGAAGCUCUCCAAGUCUUGUUGCUGGAGUUAUUUUCUCCUACCAUAAAUUGAUUAUAAUAACUUCAUUUCCAUUGAUAUCUGCGGGUGCUUAUCCUUGGUUUCAGUGUAAUCAUCUUUGUCAUUGAUUGGAGGCUUCAAUUAUUUAUAGCUAAGCUGCAUGUUUAUGAACCAGCUCAUAUUUUUAGGAUUAGGUCUUAAAAUUUGUCUACUGAUUCCUGCAGGCUGAUGGAUGUGAAAUAUUGCAUUUAUUUAAGUGGUUUUCAACUUCCGAUUUGUUGUAUCAUUCAACCAAAUUUACCCAAUUGUCAAGUUCUGAUUUGUAUUCUCCAUCAAUAAAAAGACAAUUUGAUUUGGAGAAGUGGACAUUGAAAGGACCAUUGCCUGCUUGGCAUUAGAACAUCUCCUCUUAGUUGCCAACCUGGCUCCUCUUACGUGUAAUUAGCCACAGUUUAGUUGGCACAAGGGAGGGCUCUGAAGCCUGGGAAGGAGCCAAUGAAAAACACUAUUGGGUGAGUGAUUUUGGGUGGAGAGGACCCCAACCCAACCCUCCUAUCCUUAACGGGCAUCUCACAUCUGUGAACAGUGGUUACAUUGGAGUGUUGUGAUUUGGGACCAUUAAACAACAAUAAACAAUCUGGUUGUUAAAGAAAUGAAUUUUUUUUUUGUCUGGAUUUCUUUUCAAAUAUUUCAAAAAUAAAAUUUUAAUGCAUGCUUGGUUCUUAAAACACUUAUAACCAAA